AUGGAUUUAAUGACAAAUGAAGGGGAGGUUGAAGUUGAAACAAAAUUGCCUGCUUAUUGGAAAUUUAACUCAGGUGCAACCAAAGUUAGUAGCAAGGCUGAUGAUGAGUUGGAAAGGCAGAGGCAGCAUUUCUUCCACCAUUCUGCUCACCUAGAUUCGUCCAAGGCAUUUUCCCUUGCAUUCUUUGCUCAGUGGGUGACAGGAGUCCGAUAUUCACCAUUGGCUGUGAUGAGAAUCCCAUCGGUGGUGUUCUUGGUGGAAUUGUUGGGCAAGCAUUUUAUUCCCGGGAGGAGCACAGGAAGGCAGUUGCUGAGGCCUUUUCCUCUUCUCGUUUCUGGGGCCAAGCUUGAUCUAGCAGGUGGAACAAACUUGGUGAGCAACAGCAACUGGCAUACAGCUUACAAGAACUACCGUGAGGAUUAUGCUAUUCAAUUACAUGGUCAAUCAGUUUGUUAUGGUAUUGACAUUGAGGCUCUUAGUUUCUCAGAUGCUGAGGAGAGCUCCUUUGACUGA